AUGCCUACUCGUAGAGCUAACGCUAGGAAUGUGAAUGCCAGAAAUGCAAACGUAACUCCUCCAAUCCCAAAUCAUAAUGUCUCCAAUGUUGAGUUUAGGAAUGCCAUUCAGAUGAUUAGUCCGCCUAAGUUCAUAGGAUCAUACACUAGUGAGGAUAUCCAUAACUUCUUGGAUGAGAUCAAGAAUAUCUUUGAGGUGAUGCAGGUUAAUGGCAAUAAUUGGGUUGAGUUUAUAUCAUACCGGGCGAAAGAUGUUGCUCAUAUCUCGUAUACUCAGUGGAAGGAAAAUAAGGCUAUAGAUGCAGCUUAUAUUACUUGGGAUUGCUUAAGUGAAAUCUUCCUGGACAGGUUUUUCCCAAUAGAUUUGAUAGAAGUAAAGGCUCAGGAAUUCAUGAAUAUAAGGCAAAGAAACAUGAUGGUCCAAGAGCAUGGGCUUAAGUUUAACGAACUCUACAGGUGUAUUGCUCACAUGGUUGCUAACUCGAGCGCUUAG